AUGGUUGAAACUCUGUUUGAAGAUAUCUUUGUGGUGGAUAAGCUGGAUCCAGAUGGCAAAAAAUUCGAUAAAGUUUCUCGCAUUGAAGCAAUGAGUGAGCAGUUUGAUAUGUACAUGCAGCUAGAUGUGAAUACAGAGAUAUAUCGUAUGCAUGUUGGGGAGAAGUUCAUGAUGGUAUUAGCUUCCACUCUAAAUUUGGAUGGAACACCCGACUCUGGUUAUUAUACUCAGGUAGAAAAUACCCGCAUCAUCCCCGUUAUAAGGAAAUUAGGGAGACCGGGAAAAUCUACAUUCUUGUGGUUCAAGAGGGUUGAAGCUAAAGGAAAAUGGCAGUUGGUUGCCCAUGUCAUGUCUGAUACGCCAAAGAUAUGUUGCAAAACCUAUGAACUUAAAUGGGUUUAUCGAAAAAUAGACCAAAGGUCUAUCAUCUGUGAUUUCAGAAGGAAGAUGGUGGAGGCAUGCUUACCACUAAGCGAUGCCUUGAGAGACAGAUGGAGAGAAAUAAAACUUAUGGGAGAUUUUAGGGCAAAAAACUUUAAUUCAGAGAGUACCAUUUUAAAGUAG